CGUACUAGCCAGAUACAAGUGACUCAGAGGGGUGUGUGUGUGUGUGUGUGUGUGUGUUUUUGUCUUUAUACUGUGUGUAUGUAUAUUUUUUAAGCAGUAAGAGAGUAAUGUCCUAUCGGAGAGGUGUCCUCCUGACGCGGCUCAACGGCGCCUUCACGAGACUGCCGGCGUCGCGCUCGAGAGGGCCGGAAGCUGGCCGACAUCAGAGAGCGCUCGCGCACUUCCGCGGCGAGGAUGGCGCGCGUGGCGACGAUGAGAUCCGGGUCGACUUUGAUCAGACUAAAGAGGCGUACAAGAGCAAAGACACCGCGGAGCUGCUCAGGGGGCUGCUGGUGUUCAAACUCUGCUCUUAUGACUUCCUGGUGGACAGAAAUAAAGAGAUAAUGGACCUGAGUAAGAAGCUGCUAGGUCAGGCGGCGUUCGAGAAGCUGAUGAAAAUGACAUUCUACGGGCAGUUUGUGGCCGGAGAGAAUCAUCAGACCAUCAAACCCCUGAUUAGGAAAAACAGGGCCUUCGGAGUCGGAGCCGUUCUGGACUACAGCGUGGAGGAGGACCUCACGAAGGAAGAGGCCGAGACCAAGGAAAUGGAAUCGUGUGUGUCAGCGUCAGAGAAGGAAAACCCUGGGGUGGAUCACAGAGAGAGGAAGUUCACAGCCCAUCGGAAGUUCGGCGAUCGCAGGGACGGCGUAACGAGCGCACGCACGUAUUUCUACGCAGACGAAAUCAAAUGCGACCAGCACAUGGAAACAUUCCUCAGGUGCAUCAAGGCAUCAGGUGGAAGUUCUGAAGACGGUUUCUCCGCCAUUAAGAUGACCGCACUGGGACGCCCACAGUUUCUGCUGCAAUUUUCAGAGGUGCUGGUGAAAUGGAAACGUUUCUUCAGCUUCCUGGCGGCGCAGCAGGGGAAAGAUGGCCCAGAGGUGCUGGAGCAGAAACUGGACCUCGAGGAGCUGCAGUCUUUUCUGACAAAGCUCGGAGCCAAAGGUGACAUCCGUGGCUGGUUCACGAACGAGAAGCUGUGCUCGUCUGGCACCAUCGACAUGCUUGACUGGAACAGUCUGAUCGACGAGAGGACAAAAAUAUCCGAUCUUCUCGUGGUACCCAACAUUGAGACAGGCCACCUGGAGCCUCUGUUGCAGAGAUUCACUGAGGAAGAGGAGAAGCAGAUGAAGAGGAUGCUUCGAAGACUUGAUGUACUUGCUAAACAUGCGGUGCAGAACAACGUGAGGCUGAUGGUGGAUGCAGAACAGACGUAUUUCCAACCCGCCAUCAGUCGGCUGACUUUGGAGAUGCAGCGCAUAUUUAACCGAGACAAACCGGUCAUCUUCAACACCUACCAGUGCUACCUGAAGGAAGCCUAUGAGAACGUGUGUGUGGACGUGGAGCUGUCGAGGAGAGAAGGCUGGUGUUUCGGAGCCAAGCUGGUACGAGGGGCGUACAUGCACCAAGAGAGGACACGAGCUCAAGAGAUCGGCUACGAGGAUCCCAUCAACCCGGACUACGAAUCCACGAGCCAGAUGUACCACAGGUGUUUGGACUACGUGCUGGAGGAGAUCGACAGGAACAAGAAAGCCAACAUCAUGGUGGCGUCACACAACAUAGACACUGUGAAACACACAAUACAGAGGAUGAAUGAAAUGGGACUUGCACCAACUGACAGGAAGGUGUAUUUUGGUCAGCUGCUUGGGAUGUGCGACCAGAUCAGCUUUCCGUUAGGUCAGGCAGGUUUCCCGGUGUACAAGUAUGUCCCGUACGGCCCCGUGAACGAGGUGAUCCCGUACCUGUCGCGGCGUGCUCAGGAGAACCGGGGCAUGAUGAAGGGAGCGCAGAUGGAGCGAACUCUACUGUGGAAAGAGCUUGUACGCAGACUCACCAGUGGAGAACUGUUCCACAGACCGUCUAUGUAAAAGACAUACUCACGCUGUGCUUUCACGCAGGAGACUUCCUGUGUCGUGCCUUUUUUAAAGUUAGACACCUACACAGCUCCCGAAUAAACUGCAGCAUCUCAGGGGGUUUAGACACCUCAGGUUUUUAGGUUGUUCCCCCCCCCCCCUCCCUCCACCUCCUCUCUAUCCUGCCUUAUUUUCCUCAUUUGAUAGAGAAAAGGAUCACAAACCAAAAUAAUGCAUCAGACAUUUUCAGUCCAAAGCAGCAUUUCAGACAUACAUGAAUUCACUUGCUGGUUUCGUUCUUGUUCUGCAUUUCAUUUAAAUUGAAUCAUUGGUCAUGUUGUUGAUAAUGACAUCACUCUUGCUGUUGUCAUCAACCAUCAACUGUUGUGAUAAAACAGACGCAGACGCGGUUCUUUUCCUGGAACACCGUCUCCUGAUGUGUUUUACUCCUCUCACAGUUUGUUAUUUAUACAAUUUCAUUUUCUUCAACAGUGAUUAUGUUGUUAGUUAUGGAGCGUCUCUGUUAUUGGUUCAUCUUACUUCCUAUCUUUCUUUCUUACCUUACCAGCAUUGGCUACAUCUGGCCACAUUGUCCAGUUGUGAUGUUUUGGUCAGAUCUGGUUUGCGGGUCAUGACGGUUCACAUCCAUACACACAAUUACCAUUUAUCUGACU